ACAGUCCUGCUUCCAUUUGAACGGCAUACGGAUUACGUCGAGAAACUUUUCAUCGUCCCUUGAUGAUUAAUAACGCGAAAUUUAUCGAAAUUCGUAUGUUGAUUUUAUCUCGCAUCCUGCUUUCCAACUUUCGUUAAGAAUGAUGCAAUCGUGCCACCAGCAAUACGUGUUCUUCUUCCGAUUGAAUCGGGUAGUGCGUCAUAACCUCUACAUAUUCGUGAAUUUUCGUGAUGGAUCGAUGUAAAUUGCCGAAUAUCUGCGUUCAAUCUAUAUAAAACGAUUGGCAACGUACCGAGUCAAAAAUACAAAUCCUGAUGCAUGAUCGUGAUUAGAUGCACUGAAAAAGUAUACAGUUUGAAGUAGAUGCGCAUAAAGUUUGAAGUAGACCACAAAACAAUUUGGCCUCGAUCCAGUUAAACCGAUGAUAUGCCGUACAUUAUUGGUGUCGUACGGAUUUGAAAAUUUGCCUACAAGAUUUUUGGACUUUUGCCUGACUAUGGAAAUGAUAUCGAUGGAAAAAUUUCCAGUUGAACAAUACUUAAUGUUUAAUCAUUAUAAAAUUAAAAUAAAUUGUAUGAAAUGUAUACGUACAAGAGAAAUAUCAUGCAGCCGAUAUUCGAUAAAUAUAGAAAAAAAAGAUAAAAAUGAACGAAAGAGAUGAUAAUAUUCUUCGGAAGAAUAACAAGAGGAACUCCAUUGAAAACUACCAGAUGUAAUCUACGUACUUCGUGACAUGUCGCGGUGCCUGCAGCUAUGCAAUCCUCAUUACACCAUGUAUUGAUACAAGUGAAAGUAUUUCGCAUAAAGAUACACGAGAACCAUGAAACGGGCUCGAGAGUAACAGACAAAGAAGAACGUAGCCGCAAUUUGAGGAACAAAGAGCGAGCUUGUGUACGCGACAACGAAUACGGAGGAAUAGUCGAGCAGAAAAGGAGGGAUAACGGCACGGAGUAUCGUUAACCGGUAUACAAGAGAGUACACGUUCUCCAGCGUGCAAAAGUGGCGGUGAGGCAUGAGUUAGUAUCGCGAGCGAACUCGGUCGACACGCAACUCACGUCUCCUGUGUUCGUCGAACCAUAUGAAUCGUUCGGUGUGGAUCGUCUCGGGCGGGAAAAUCUUCAUGGAAUGUUUCAAACAAUCACGACGUGGACGCUGACAUCGAACAUCGGUAUUCUAUUUUUGUGCUCGCGCCGGUUGCUGGGCAUAUCUUUAGGCUAGAAGAACGACCAAUAUACGUUUAGUUGCCAGUGUUUGGAACACCAGUGAAAGGCUGAAAGAGUGUGUGCAACUCAAAGAGGAAUCCACGGUGGAUCGGCCCGUUAGUCGGCAGGAAUCUAGAUAUAACAGAGAGCGGGCGCAUCCGUGACACCGGCCAGUGCAGGACAGGAUCAGGAGGAGCAGCACCCCGCCUAUUUCCAAGGAUUACCACGUUUCUCGAGGAUGGGCUGUUGCUGCUGCACGGACGAGCCAUCGUCCAAGGUGGAGCCUGGGACACCGGAAAACGAAGGGAUGUCGUCGAGGCACUCGGACCAGAUUUUCGUCACCGAUCGAUCCUGCACUGAUAUCCUCACUUUGAUCAUUCUGAUCGGUCUGAUCAUCGGUUUUGGUUUCCUGUUGAGCAUCGUUGUUCAGAAAGGAGACGUUUACCGCAUUAUAAAUGGCUACGAUGACUGCGGGAAUGUUUGCGGCCGUGUCACUCCAUCUCAUCCCGAAUUCCAAUGUCUGGAUGGUAAGAAUGGUGACAACACAAAGAAUCCGUACUUGAAGAUCACCAUGGAUGGAAGCGGUGUGAAAAAACGCGAGUGCACAAAUAAUUGCACCGAUCAACAUAUAAUGUUCCUGAACCGUUGUGUGCCUAAGGAUAUAUCUGAAACAAUCACUUCUCUGAUCAAUAAACUCGGUUUGGAUAAUUUUUACAAGGAGGCUUGCAGAGAUCUUACUGUCGCUUGGAGGGAGAUCGUUUACUUAUUGUUGAUCGCUUUAGGCAUUUCAGUGGCUAUAUUGGUUGCCUUCCGUUAUUUAGUACAAUGGGUCGUUUACAUGGUUCUAAUUGGUGUUAUUCUAGUUUGCAUCGGUGGUUCAACGUAUCUCUGGUUAGCCUGGUACGCAGAAAAAAAAGCGGUGGAAGCGCACAAAAUAGCAGAAGAAGAUUCGAGUGAACAGUCUUACUUCAUUUAUGCAAUAACAUUGACUGUUAUUACGGUCAUCACACUUUUGAUCGUUUUAGUGAUGAGAAAAAGAAUCGCUCUCGUAAUGCAACUGUUCCGUGAAGCAGGAAAAGCUGUUUACGCAAUGCCAGUCCUCCUUCUCCAGCCUAUAUACACUUAUCUCUUGAUCGGUAUCACUGUAUGUGCCUGGAUUUAUUGCAUGCUUUGGAUAGAAAGCGCAGGAAAUAUUUACAAGAACAAGAAGAAUCACAUCCAUUUCCGAAAAGAUAGCAUUGUGAUUGCAAGUAGAUGGUACAAUAUCUUUUUCUUCUUUGUCACCUGUGAAUUCCUUCUAGGCUGCCAGCAUAUGGUUGUUGCCCUCGCUGUUGCACGUUGGUUCUUUACCAGAAACAAGAACCAACUCUCUCUGCCAGUUGCUCGAGGUUUUUGCUAUCUUACACGAUAUCACUUGGGCACGGUCGCAUUUGGUGCACUGAUUAUUGGUAUAGUUCGAUUGAUAAGAGCUAUUAUUUUAUUCGUGCAAAAUCGUCUGAAACAUUACGAUAAUGAUCUCGUACGGGUAAUAUUAUGGUGCUGCCAUUGUUGUUUCUGGCUUUUCGAGUGCGUUUUAAAGUUUCUCACUAGGAACGCUUAUAUCGAAACAGCAAUAUACGGAUGUAAUUUUUGUAGAGGGGGUAAAAAGGCUUUCCAAGCUUUGUCCAGCAAUAUAUUAAGAGUUGCAGCUAUUAAUAGUGUUGGAGAUUUCGUCCUGUUUUUAGGAAAAGUGUUAGUAGUUACGUUAACAGUUGUUUCAGGAAUUUAUUUAAUUCAGAAGAAAGAAGGACUCCAUUAUCCAUGGAUACCAAUUGCAUUGGCAGGAGUUUUUGCUUUCAUAGUGGCGCAUUGCUUUAUUUCCAUCUAUGAGAUGAUCAUAGAUACGAUAUUCAUUUGUUUCUGCGAAGACUGCGAGAAGAAUGAUGGCAUCAAUAGGCCUUACUUCAUGAGCCGUGGACUGAUGGAAUUUGUUGAAAAUAGCAAAAAAGCACUUCAAUAUGCGAACCAUCAUGCUGCUGAGUCAUAAAGAUUCGAUUGCUCUUCAAAAGUUUAUUAAACAUUUGGGAAAUGCAAGGAUCUUCAGAUUUACUAUGGCUAUAAAACACACGAAAAUAUCUGGCGAAUGAACGUCAAUUACACUAAUCUUGAACAUUUCUUUUAGCCAUAGGCAUCAGCGAAUUUUCCAAAAAUGAACCAAAUGUUUUUCAUUUCUAUUUUUAAUUACAAGUACAGUAUUACAGGAAAGAAUGAUAUAUAAUCUUUGUUAUAAAUCUGUUCAAAAUUAAUAUUAACAUAUAAAGAAGCUUGUUAUAUAAGUAUAAAAAUGAAUAAUAAUAUAAAUUGUUAAUAUUUUCCUAUUUCUAAAAUAUAGAAUAUGUAAGGUUACAUAUUUAGAAAUAUGAAUGAGCAUAUUACUGCCAUCAGAAGCUAUUUCAUUUGUAAAUUAUAUUUCUUAUACGUUUCUAAAUGUGAAAAUAUUUAUAUGAAUUGAUGAUUGAUUAUAUGACAAUGAAAAAAAAAUUAUAAACAGAUAUAUAAUAAGGCUGUUAAAUAAUUUUAAAAUGAAAUAUAUUUAUAAAUAUAUUUAAAUAUAAUAUUGUGAGGAAAAACUUUGAAUAAGCUAAGAAUCGAUUUUAAAUAAAACUAUAUAAGUAUAGAGAAAGAAGAAGUCUGUAAUUUAACUGCAAUUUCCACGUAAUACUGUACAUGUAUUUUACCGAUAAAUCCAGUGUACGCACAUAUAUUCAAGUUCUUCCAUUACCAAGGAUGAACAGAAUUAUUGUCAUUGUCACUCUGUUAUGAAUUACCUCGAGCUUUCGUCAUCCAAAAACUCUGUGUCUCAAUAUAAGCACAGGAUAUUAAAUUGACUGCAAUAUCUGCAGCUUGUUACAUAGCUCUGAAGAUUGUUAUAUGAACGAACAAAUCGAACAUUCCGGUUCCUACAUGAUUAUCAAGAAAUCGAAUAUUUUUUUAUUUUUAUUCGUUAUCAAGUCAAUCGUUUUUCCAUGACUUGUUUUAGAAACAAAUCGUUCAUAUGCAUUUACUCGUGUUGAUAAUACAUCGUAUUAGCUUUUGUAUCGAAUAAACUAUCUCAAGUUUGUAUCAUACAUGCGUAUAAAUAAUAAUACUCGGAUAGUUCGAGCAAUGAGUGAUCACAUUAACAUUGUGAAAUAGGCGGUGUGAAACGUCUUGGAACACAAUUUCGAAUCUUGGAACUACGUUGCCAAGAGUCACAUUUAAACGUGUGCCAGCAAGCCCAAAAUUGAUCAAAAGGUAAUAUUGCAAGCGGAAGUGCGCUGGUGCGGUCGCUUAGCUAUCCGAGUAAUUGUAGUCGCAUCGACCAUGUUCGUAUGUAUAUAUACAUAUAUAUAUAUAUUUUUUUUGUGUGACGAAACCGCCCAUUGAUGACACGCAUAUCUGAGGCGUCACACCAUUCGAUGAUCGAUUGUUGACAAUGAACAAGUACAAUGUUAUUUUUAAAUGUGGUCACAGCUUUAAGUUAUAUGAUCCCCGCGAAAGACGAUUAUAAUUUUAGACGAUUAAUAAAAUUCCUACUUUAUGAAUAUUCUUGAUGAUAAAUAUAAAUUUUAUCCGAUUUUAAAA